UUAUUGUGUUAAUAAAUGUUGAUAAUAUUUUCAGUUUUGCAACAUUCAGUUAUACCGCACACUGGUAUCCAACUGUUGUUUUACUCUAUAUUCAACUCAAAGAUCUUUCAUUCAAUUAUAAAACAUUUAAAAAACAAUUUUCUUUUUAAGUGCAAAUAUUUGACAAUAAGAUGCCGAUUAAUAUCUACUCAAUCCGUUAUAGCCCUCCCUGUCGGGCAGUCCUCAUGACGGCUAAGCAAUUGAAUAUUGAUUUAAAUGUCAAAACUGUUGAUCUGAGUCAAGGCCAACAUUUAGCCGAAGAUUAUCUCAAGAUGAACCCAGCUCAUACUGUUCCUACCAUUGAUGACGAUGGGUUCAUACUAUGGGAGUCGAGAGCUAUAAUGCAAUACUUGUGUAACCGAUACGCACCGGACAGUCCCCUCUAUCCGACUGAACCCAAAAAGCGUGCACUUGUGGACCGUUGGCUUAAUUAUGACCUGUCUGUUUUUAGCGCACUCCGAGAAUCACUGUUACCAAAAUUUAUGGGUUCGGAAAUGAGCGAAGAAAAUAAGACGAAAUUUAAUGACACAAUCAAACUCUUGGAUCAGUUAAUUGGGAACAAUAAAUAUGUGACGGGAAGUGGCCUAACAAUUGCCGAUUUAUCUUUGUUGGCCACUACUAGCUUACUGAUAAUAUUCGACAUGGAUUUGAGUCCUUACCCUAACUUUAAGACUUGGUUAACCGGGUUAAGUGAAGAACUGCCCUAUUAUGACGAGAUUAAUAAGUUUGAAAACGAAGAUAUUAUGGGAUUUAUGGCCAAAAUGACGGCUUUCUUUCUUGAGAAAAUGAAUAAAAGUCAAUAA